GUUUGUCAACAACGCCCCUGCAGUAAAGGCGGUUGAGCAGCCAUCACAAGGGAUCGGAAAUCCCAUGGCUGGUGGUGGGCACUCCGGUACAGGUCAACAGAAAGAUAAGCGGCUACCAGCGAAGAGCAAGGGAAUGGAAAGAGGCAAAAACAAAUUUGAUUCAGGCGAUAAGCCCUACUCUCAGCCUAGGGAUGCAAGUGUUGCAGAAGUUGUGGAUAGGCAAUUGGCUCAAAGAACAAACAACUCUUCUCCUGACAACCCUUCUAGGGGCACGCCGAAACCCAAUGCUACCACAAAACCCCCACAACAGCAAGUCAACGUCGCUAGUGCCCCAAGGAGUACGCCCUCCAACGCUCCAACGCCUGUACCGUCAGGUUUACGGACCGAAAAAAGAGCCCAUCCAUGGGGUAACGGUCAGCAAGGGGCGCAAAAACGGGAAGUUGUCCAGAGACCAGCGAGCGGGUCUCAAGAAUCUCAGAAUUCCCAGCGUUCCUCAAUUCCGCCUGCAAAAGCGGAAAGCCGGGACAUGUCACUGAAAAAGUUGACCUCGACUGGAUCGCUGCCAGCUGGAAAGAAAGUAGGACUCGCGCUGGACAAAGGUGCAUGUUUCACGGAGGACCAGAAGAAGACUGGAAUGGAGAACGCUCAAAUUGAAGCACAGAAGUCCAGGUCAAUGGCUUCGCAGGCAGAAUUGAAGGAAAAUGGCCCUGCUAACACGAGAAUGUCUGCACCUUUGCAGAGAAGCGCUCAACUAACCCAGGGGGCCUCUACUGCUGCAGCGGAGAGACCAAGAUCCCCCAUUGCGGCGGACGCUCGUGGUGAAACGACCACGCCCACGAACGGCACGCAGAAUAAAGUCCAGGCUACGUCGAAUGGUAGCUUUGCAGUGUCACCGGUACCUGCUCUAGCUGCUCAGCCCAAUGGAAGAUCUAGGCAGCUACAGCAGAGUGUCUCGAAUGCGCCGAAACCUCCUCCCAAACCAGCCGUGGCGAAUCCCCAUAACACUCCCCAAGCCCAGCCUUCACAGCCCAGUCCACGACCGGUGGAAUCGGUCAAACCAUCUAACAUACCUGCGCUUCCUCCUCAAUCCAGUGCCAGGCAGCCUGUACAGCAUGCGCCGCCUGAUAGUACUCUUAGUCGUCGGGCCAACCCGGUUGCUCCUCCGAAGUUAGCCGUAAGAGCGUCUGUACCUACGACCCAGGUUGGAAAUGAGCUUCGAAAGUCAUCCAAUCCCGUUGGGCGAGAUGGAGUGAAAAGGGCGGAUGAUGGAAAAUCGGGCACUGCGUCUGCGGCACCUGGUGAAGCACCCAAGGACAAAGUCCAGCCAGCGCCGAAAGGGACUAUCCCGAAGAUGGCACCGGUGGUCACUGUACAGCAGCCCACUGAAACUACCAAGGAUGCGCCUCUAUCAACGGCUAAGUACACUCGGGCCCUCGAGAACAACAUGCCGAACGCAGAGACAGCAAAGAAGGCUCUCCAACCGGCGGGGUCUACGGAAGCGGAAACGGACGCAUCAAGGGAUACCACGAUGAAAGAUGCCCCGGAUUCAGUCCAUGUCCCACCUGACACGGGGGACGCAAUAUCCAAAGUCAUAAAACAAACCCCUUCCUUCACACCCGGUACGCGAACGCCACGAACGAACCUCACCAACACCACCGCCUCUGCGCCAACCCCAGAAACCAAUCCCACUAGAAACAGCAGUACCCCAAAUGCCGCGAAUCCAUCAGCCUCCGCAAUAGCUACUGCUACCACCACGCACAUCGCCACCACCACAAUCCCUACCCUCCCACAAACCCAAACAUUCACCUACACUCUCCACCAAAAGCUCUACACCGAACUCGACAAUCCGUCUCUCAUCCCGUCCACUCCGCUCUCACCACCCUAUACCUCCCUCGCCGCCGCAAACGCACAAGCCGCGCUGCUCGUCGCAGCCACAAAAUCCUUCCACGCGUCCCACAACAUCCACUUCUCGUCAGUGAGGGAGUUUAGAGACGAGAACGACUGCCUGGUGUUUGUGGGCGUGGGCACUAAUCCGGCAGCUGGGGAUGAUGUCGCGGGGAGAAAGAAUUACUGUCGAAUCUGGGUGGAGCGCAGAGUCGUCCUCGGGGACGUGCGCGGCACUGCGGAUGCAGCGGAGAGCGGCGAUGCUCAAGGCGGUAGAACCGAGUAUAUCUGCAAAACCCUAUUUCUGCUCCGCCUGUGCAAAGUCAUUGUCAAUGAUAGCAGCGAUUCUGAAGCCGACGACGGUGAUGACGGCGACAGCGGCGAGGUUAGACUCGAGUAUAUCCCCCUCUCGGACCCGGCGAUCCGACGCCUCAACGUCUUCUCUGAGGUGUACACGGUGCGUGCCCAGGCGAAUAGCGCGGCACGGAGGCUGCAGAUUGGGCUGAGCCAUAAGAAGGAGCCGCUCAAGGAGACGGAGCGGAGGUGGCAGGAGGAGGAGAAUAGGAGGUUGAUGGAUAAGAUUCAUGUGCUGGAGGGAUUGGAUACGGUGAUUGGGAGUGGGGAUGAGAGUGAGGAAGGGGAGGAGAAGGAGAAGGGCAAGGGCAAGGGCAAGGGCAAGGGAAGGAAGAAGACGGAGGCGGAGAGGGAGGCGGAGAAGCCUGCGAGGAGGAGGGGUUGCUGGGAGAGCGAGUUCAAUGGGUUAGGUGGGGAGAGGUACAGGCUUUGGGUGGAGAGGGUCCAGGUCUGCGGGCCGAGGAAUAUGUGAGAGCGAGGUAUGUUCUUCGGAAUCGAUCUGAGGAGCGGAUUGAGGCGAAACAAUGGCUGGGGGAAUGACUGGGCGCGGCCCGGUGUGACUAUCUUCGCUGACGAGGUAUACCGAUUAGCUUGUGAAGUUUCCCUUUGGUGUGUUUUCGUAGAGAAAAGGGGAUGGUGCGAGUGAUAGCUCUAUGACAAGCAUCAUGUUUUCUCUUCUUUCCGUCA